AUGUUAUAAUCAUUUUUACUUAGUCUGGCAUCUGGUAUUGUGCUAUUCAUUGUUUACAUGUAUCACAGGGCUAAUUUAUCAGAGGGAUCAGCUAACUAUAGGUAUUAUAAUGAAGCAGUGAAAGGAAUGUCAAGAUGGUUGGAAUAGACGGUUGAUUUAACAUAAUCCCAUUUUUAACCAUGCAAAAAUUGUGGAUAUGAGAUUGCAUUAGUGCAUGAUAAUUUUUAUUGUCUAAGAAGCGACCUUUUUAAAUUGUUGCAUCCUGAAGUAGUAGUAUAAGAUCAAAUGGUAUUAAGAGAUUAUGGUGGUUAAGAUUUGGCAAGAAAAAUCAUACAACAAAACAUGUAUGAUGCUUUACCAAGCUUUGUAUAGACAAGGUAAAUUGAAAUUGGAUAUCAUUAAACUCCUCUAGAGACAUCAGUAGUAUAUCCAUAUGCUAAAAACUAUUUUCGAACUCAUACCUUUGGAAAAUAAGCAGGUUGUAUUUUCUAAAAAUAUUUCCAUGUUCCAGGCCAAGAGGAAAUUGCAUUAAAAUCAAAUCAAUCAACCCAUUUUCAUAAUUACAUUGACAAUUUAAAAUAAGAAAAUAAGAGUACAACAUGUAUUAAAGAUGCUAGUUAUGAAAAGCCAACAUUCAGAAUGUGGUUGAAAGAAGAGUGUGAGAAUUUCUUUGAAAUCAUAAACACAAAGUAAUACAAGGAUAAAUUGGAAAAUGAGGGGAUCUAGUACAUUUACAAAACAAAUAGACAUUUAGGAAAUGGCAUAUUACUUUUAGAUUAUUAGAAUGAAAAAAUAAUUAGAUCAUGGUACAAAGACAGUCUAGGUUGUGGACGCAAUCUUUCUUAAGUGAAUAAUUCAAGAGUACCUUAAGAAUCCUUACUUAUUUUUAAAGGCCAUAAGAUGGAAUUUAGAUCUUAUUUUUAGAUUGCAUCCACAAAUCCACCCAUCUUAUAUGGAUAUAAGAAGGCGUUGAUUAAAUAAUGUGCCUUAAAGUUUGAUUUGUUAGAUUUCACUAAAGAGGCACAUGUAUGUAAUACAGCUGUAACAAAAACACAUAAAUAAACAACAGGAUAAGAAUAGGAUGACGAUCUCUAUAUUGAUUGGAAUUUAGAAGAGUUACAAGAUAUUUUGUUACAGUAAGGUAAAAUAAAAUCGCGUAAUUGGUUGAAUGAAGAACUUUACCCUUAAAUUAUGAGAAAGAUUACUCAUCUUUUUUUUUCGGUAGAAAAGUAUCUUUUGAAGGAUAGUAGAGUUGGGGAGUUUUUUGGAGUGGAUUUCAUACUUGAUGACGAUUUGAAUUUAUGGAUAUUUGAAUGCAACAGGAAUCCUAAUUUUUUAGCAGUGACAGAAGGAAGGAAGGAGAAAUUUGGGAAACUGAUUCCUGACAUGUUGGAAAUCUAAAUGCAAUUAGUUAGAAGCAGAUAUAAAAGGAUUAGAGAUUUCAUGUACAAUACACUAUUACCAGCGAUAAAAGCUAGAUAAUUUCAAUAGUAGUAGGAGAAGUUAAAGGAGGAAUUUCUAUAAUUGAUGAAGGAUAGAUUCGAGCCAGAAUACAAAUUAUCAACAAGUAAUUUGGCUGAAUUGGCAUAUAUUGGGGAUGGGUAGUUUAAUGGAUACAUAAAGAAGGAGUGUUUAGAAUCAAGUAGAGUAUUAAAAAAGUGA